CUACCUCGUUUUCCCCUUCAUAUGUCAGUCAGCACGUUGAGCAAGUUUGCUGGUGCUGGCGUACCGCAGCUGAAUCGCGAUGGAUUUUACUGGUCUGUUAUCUGGGCUGCCUUCGCACUUCUGGUUGCUUUCCGGGCUGUCAAGAUCAUUCAUCGCACACACAUCCAUCCUUUACGAUCGAUACCAGGACCUUGGAUCAGCUCUGUAACCUCUCUCUGGAUUCGCUGGCAAAGAUGGCAUGGCAGGUUGUCAUUCGAAGCCGAUAAACUAAUGGCAAGAUAUGGUCCUAUCGUCAGGAUCAGUCCAAACCUUGUCAUCCUGAAUGAUCCUGAGGCAGUGGAAAAGGUCUUCAUCAGGAAGGACCUCGAUACUUCUCCAACGUCGAUCCGUGCCCUGCGCGUCGGUGGCCAUGACUGGACGGUCACAUACCCCCAGCACCCCAUAGCACGAUCAAGAAGACACCCCGUUAUGAUUGCGACAACGACCAAAAACCUCAAGCUGCGGCACCAAGUCUUUGUCGAUUACAUCGAAGCCAUGGUUCGAGACAUCGCCAAGUCGGACGGAAAGAAGUCAGAAGACAUCGUCCACCACCUUCGCAUUUGCACACUGAGGAACUCUCAAGUGAUCAUGGGAGGCUCAGGAGUAGAUUUGGAUGUUACAGACUUUCCCCAAGUGGUCGGUGAAUACAAUUUCCUCGUCGUCUGGAGACUUUGCUUGCCUGAAUGGCUAUUCGAAUGGUUGCAGCACGGUCCCUUCGCGCAUGCCCGAUUCCGCGUACGUUCAAGCGACAAACUGUUCGAUUUAGGCGACGAGCUUUGUAAACAAGCCGCGAAGAACGAGGCCACGUUCGAGCAAGAUCCGAGCAUCUAUAAGCUGUUCACCGAUUCCGAGGCGAAGUACCCGACACAAUCUUGGACUGAUCCGGAGCUGGGCGCAGAAAUGGCUGGUCAGGUACUCGCUGCUACAGAAACUACAUCAUCAGCUCUGGCGUUUAUCUACUACGAGUUGGCGAAGAACCAGAGCCUCCAACAAGAUCUCUUCGCUGAAUUGAGCGCGCAUGAAGGAUACGAGGAACUCGAUUCUUUGAAGUUCUUGGACGCAUGCAUAAAGGAAGGACUUCGUUUUCGUCCGCCCGUUGCUCUAACUGGAAGCCGCUUGGUGCCUGAAGGAGGUCUGAAUGUACUUGGAUACUACCUUCCCGCCGGUACCGUGGUCACGACGCAGUCUCUGUCGAUGAGUCGUCAACGACCUGAUCUUUUUCCGGAUUUUGAUAGCUACAACCCCCGGCGCUGGUUGGAGGAAGAGUUCAGUGCCGAGAAGCGGCGUCUCUUGGUGCCAUUCGGUAUUGGUGCACGGCGUUGUCCCGGAGGCAACAUGGCCACGUAUCAAAUGCGGCUGAUUCUGGCUGCGACGUUUCGUGCGUUCAAAAUCACAUUGGCCCCGGAAACAACACCAGAGAAAAUGGCGCCGUUUGAAGCCAAUGGAUACCGGUCUCGCCAUGAUCGGUGUGAUUUGAUUUUCACGCCUCGAGCGGUGUCUUGAACAACGACUGUAUAGCGGAGAGCGGGUUGCGACGUUGAGCCAAUAAACAUGAAUCAUCAAGCCGAAGCACUGUGUUUUCACCUGCUACUGUCUUUGUUUGACUCCUAUGACAUGCGAAACUUCGGGCCGAAUCCGGCGUUGAUAUUUGGGAGACGACCUCACCAUGGGACCUGGUGUGAUUGAUCUUCCACAUUCACUCUUUUCGCCUUGUAUCAACCAAGCACAAUGCCCCGCCAGUAAGCUCCCGCCUCUUGUGUAAAGGUUGAGAUGCAUCUUACCAAGACCGACACAAGUGAGAUUUUUUGGACUGUCAGUGAGCAUGACGUUGAAGAUGCAACAAGGCUCAUGGCUGUCGAAGAGAUUAAUGUCAAACAUCCA